CUCAAACAGCUGCCCUGUCUGCUGGGCUGCAGGUGGCACAGCCCUGUCUCCCAAGCUCAGUUGGCAUCCAGGAAAACUGAAGCACAGAGAGGUCACAGGCAUCACAAGGGGCACUAGGAUUCAAACCCAGGACCCCCGCAUGGUUUAUAGGUGGUGAGGGGGCCAGAAACUCUCAGGCCACCACUCGACCAACCAAGGAAUGGGCAUGCCAGAUCCUCCUGGGAGUAAACAUCCCCCCUUAGGCCUCUGCUCCUUGCUGCUUCCAUGCAGUGAGUCAUCGGCUAGGUCUGAGACUGUGGUUGGGGCCAUGGGUGCUGGAGCACCGUGGAGGCCAAAGCACCAAGCUCCCUGCCUGGAAAAAGAAACACAGUGAGUGUCCUGUGAUUAGAAGAAGCAGGACAACAAAGACGGAGCCUCUGGCAAAGCGAUGUCGCCUCCAGCCUAGAGAUGCUGCCAAAAUGCCUGAGAGCGCUUGGAAGUUCCUCUUCUACCUGGGCGCCUGGAGCUACAGUGCCUACCUGCUCUUUGGCACCGACUACCCCUUCUUUCAUGACCCACCCUCCGUCUUCUAUGACUGGACACCGGGCAUGGAGGUGCCACGGGACAUUGCGGCCGCCUACCUGCUGCAGGGAAGCUUCUAUGGCCAUUCCAUCUACGCCACGCUGUACAUGGACGCCUGGCGCAAGGACUCAGUGGUCAUGCUCGUCCACCACGUGGUCACCCUGGUCCUCAUCGUCUCUUCCUAUGCCUUCCGGUACCACAAUGUGGGCAUUCUGGUGCUUUUCCUGCAUGACAUCAGUGAUGUGCAGCUGGAGUUCACCAAGCUCAAUGUCUACUUCAAGUCCCGCGGAGGGUCCCACCAUCCAUUGCAUGCCCUGGCUGCAGACCUGGGCUGCCUCAGCUUCAGCCUCAGCUGGUUCUGGUUCCGCCUCUACUGGUUCCCGCUCAAGGUCCUGUAUGCCACAUGCCACUGCAGCCUGCGCUCGGUGCCUGACAUUCCCUUCUACUUCUUCUUCAACACACUCCUACUGCUUCUCACUCUCAUGAACCUUUACUGGUUCCUGUACAUCGUGGCUUUUGCUGCCAAGGUGCUGACGGGCCAGGUGCGUGAGCUGAAGGAUGUGCGAGAAUACGACGCAGCAGAGGCCCCGAGCCCCAAGCCCAGCAAAGCUGAGUGAGUGUGGAGGGGCCGCCGCCCCGGGUUCUUCCUUUAGCCACGUCUGUCAGUCUGAGCGUGCUCUGUAGGCGGGCCCUGGAGACACAUGAACAAAUGAGGCCAUAGCGGAUGCUGCCCCUGGAGCCUACGUCCAAAACAGAGACUGCAGUAAAGGUGUGGAUGAUGUAGAGACAGAAUUAGAUGAUGUAAGGCAGACAAUGGGGAGCGGGUAGAGAGCAGAGAGAUCAGGGUGGGGGAGAGCGGUAAGAGACAAGAAGCAGGGUGUCAUCAGUGGAGCAGUGAGGGACAAGCCAACUGGCUGGCAUGUCCAGAGCAGAUGAGCAAGGGCCCCCAUGGGUGGUGAGCAGCAGUCAUUGGCCAGGCCAGAGGGUAACCUCUAAGUGAGUGGCAGUGGAGGUGAGAAUAAGGGGGUGACACGGGAGGCCCAGAAAGCACACACUCUGUCCAUGCUGAUGCUCCCUGGCCCACUGGCCACUCAAGCAGGAGAUGAGGCUGGGGGUUCAGACCCAGUCUGGCCCAAGUGAGAGUCCUAGGGAAGGAGAGGAAAAGGGGCCUCACUGGGCAUCCCGGAGGCAGGGUCUCUGGGACUCACCAGCCCUGGGAUGUGAGCCAGAUGGUUUCUGAAGCCCCUGGCCUGAAGGGGCCCAGGAGUGACUGGAGGCAGGUUUGGAUGACCAGCAGGGUCCAGGGUGUGCAGUGCCCAGAGGCAAUGUGACGUGUUUGAGCAAGUGGGCGGUCAGGGUGCUGAUCAAGUGGACCUCUGCUUUGGCCUCUGGGGGGUGAUCGUGGGGAAGCAGUGGGCUCAGAUCUCGAUGAGGUGGGUCAGGAUGGGCGGCAAGGAGGAUGAUGGGAACAGAGAUUGAAAAAUCUCCGUAAAGAUGGAAGAAGAGGAGCAGAGAACUGGGGCAUUGCCAGAACGGAGAAGCUCUUUGCACCAACACGGCACCACAGCACCCAGGGUGGGGAAGGGUCAGGCAGGUGAACGGGGAUCAAGACACAAGAGGGCUGGGCAGCAGGUGAGGUCACCAGUGGUCAGUUCCCAACUCUGUUGUAGAACCAACCAGACUUGCUUUGGAUGUAGGUAAAGCUAAAAUAAAAGAAUCAAAGAUGACCCAAGACUUCUGGCUUGAGCUGCCAUUUAACGAAACGGGAGUCGGGCAGAUGCAUGCCGGCGGAGGGGGCGUCUAGGAGUCUGGUCUGGGGGAUGUUUGAUCAUCGAUGUCCGGGGAACUAGAGUCAGGAAUUCUGAAGAAAGAUCAGUGAGGUCUCAACGAGGACAACUGACCUUCAGAGGUGUCCAGGAGCAGCGGUGGCUCAGAGGACUCCAGGGAUAGAGGAGAGGAGACAUCUGCCUGGUCGGAUCUAAAAAUCUGAAAGCUCUUCCUGCUGUAGAACAGUGAACUCUUGGCGGAUAGUCCUUAUAAAUGCAGAGCCCAAGGCCAUACCCCCAGCCCUACCGGGUGCCGUUCUCUACUCUAUUUCCCUAAGAAUAUCCAGCCAGAAUGGGAGUUGGGGGUCUGACGCCCUACCAGCAUUCCCACUAGGAUGGCAGAACAUGAACUCUGCACAGAAGUGACAGGGCGUGCGAGGGGACAUGCUGCCAUGUUCAACCCCAUGGGCACCACUAGCAGGACUUGAUUCCCCAUGGAUAGCUAGAGUUAGUACAGUUGGGUAUAAAAAUGGGGGUGGUCAGGACACCUCAAAACCACCAGGUCAUGGAAUACAAGGAGAUUGAGGACCUGUUUCACAUCAGAGGACCGAAUGCAGUGCGGGAUCCUGGACCAGUAAAAGGACAGCCGUGGAAAAAUUGGGGAAAUCCAAAUAAAGUCUGCAGUUUGGUUCAUAGCAGUACCCCAGCAUUGGUUUCUUAGUGGUGACAAAUGUACUGUGGAGACAUAAGAUGUUACCAUUCGGGAAGCUGGUGCGGGCUGCACUGGAGCGCUCUAUACUAUCUUUGCAAUGUUUCUGCAAAUCUAAAAUUAUUCUAAAAUAAAAAGUUUGCUUAAAAGGCAUGAGAGACUGUCAAAAA